AUGGGGAGGUGGCAGACUGCGGCCAAGGCGGCGCUGUGGCUGCCCGUGGGCGUGACGGUGAACGCGCUGGGCGUGAGCCUGGCCAGCGUCAAGGGCCGCUCCAUGCAGCCGGCGCUCAACGACGGCCUGAGGCAGGACGCGGUGCGCGACCGCGUGCUGCUGGACAAGUUCUCGGUGCAGAUGCGCCACCGCUACCAGCGCGGCGACGUGGUGGUGCUCGAGUCGCCCGAGGCGGCGGGCCAGUACCUCAUCAAGCGGCUCGUGGCCAUCGAGGGGGACGUGCUGAGGGACCGCAGCGGCGAGACCCACGUGGUGCCCGUGGGCAAGUGCUGGGUGGAGGGCGACAACCCCACGUUCAGCAACGACAGCGACGUGUUCGGCCCCGUGCCGCUGGCGCUCAUCGACUCGCGCGUGCUGGCCGUCGUGUGGCCGCCUAGUGAGUGGAAGAUCGUGCGCUCCAAGGUGGCGGAGGAUCGCCUGAACGUAUAG